UGGUCAGAUGCCGCGGACGUCGUAAAGGAUUACAGCGACGACAUGAUCAAGCGCUGGAACGCCGAGAUUGACACAUACCUCGUCUACGCAGGUCUCUUCUCCGCCAUCUUGACCGCAUUCAACGUGCAGUCGUAUGUACUCCUACAGCCAACCCCACAGGACCCGACACUCCUGGCGUUGCAGCAGAUAUCAGCGCAACUCGGCAGCUUCUCGACAAACCCUCCCUUCAUCAACUCCACCCAACCUGCGUUCCAACAAACAGACACCGCACCCCCACCUGUACCUAGGGCAGCGGUCUGGCUCAACGCCCUCUGGUUCUCCAGUCUCAUCCUCAGCCUGUCCUCCGCGUCAGUGGGCAUCAUGGUCAAGCAGUGGAUCAACGAGUACAAUGGCGGGAUCUCCUCCGGGAACUCGCGCAAGACGGCCCAGCUCCGGCAGUACCGCCUCAACGGCCUUAUCGCAUGGCGCGUGCGCGACAUCGUCAUGGUCAUCCCCGUUCUGCUCCAGCUUGCUCUUGCGCUGUUCCUGGCCGGCAUGCUCAUCCUUCUGUGGACGCUCGACCCUACUGUGGCGACCGUCUCGUCAGUUCUCGUGGCC